CUCUCUCUCAACAAAUUGAUUUCAAUGCUGUAUAUUCAACUUAGGACGGAAGAAACUGGCCCUUUCAUGGCAAUCUCAAGCCUCUGCAAUUUCUUCCUCUCACGAUAGAACAAACACUUGCAUCUCUCCGCCAAAUCCCAAUUUGGGUUUUCUCUAAUCUACCUAUCCAUUGCUUUUCCUCUACUGUUUGUGGUACUCUUCAAUCUAUAUUCAGUUUCAAAUCAUGGGUUUUGCUUCUUCCUCUUCUUCCCUGAGAAGACCACCCAUCGCUCAUUUCAGAUGGUUCUUCGGUUUUCUUCUAUGUCUGGUGGGGGGUUUUGGGAGGAGUGAUAAUUCCAGCAAAUAGAGGGAGAUAGUAGAGAUUUAUGAGUGUUUUGGGAGGAUAAAUGGAGCAGCGAGCGGUUUUCUUGGCGCUGUUUCUCUGCGUAGUUGGUUCUUUACUUCAUGGAUCGAAAGGUUUUGCUAAAUCCCCAUCACCAACAAUGCCUCAUGCACUUCCUCCUAUUGAAGAAAGAACACCUAGCUCUGGACAUCAUGGAAAACCACCAAGAAAAAACACAUCAAGCCCAGUACCUCUGCCAAAAGGACCCAUCUCACCUCUUCCAACAGCAUUGCCGCCCAAGUCAGAACUUCUGCCUCCAAUCAUCCAAGGGCCACUACCAGCAUCUGUGCCACAAAAUGCACCGACUCAUCACAUAAGUAAGGAGCAUAAACACCCAAGGGGGGCAUCUCCAUCUGCUAAGAAUCAGACACCACAUGCACCCAGUACAGGCAUAUCUCCUGUUACGGCCCCACCUGGGCGUGAGGGCCGAGAGCCUUCAAAUAAUGGAUCUCCCCUGCCCAUCCCAUUUCUUAAUCCCAAACCUCCAGCAAGUAAAAGGGUUCGUAGUCCUGCAUCUGCACCUGCAGUGUCAAUCUCAUUUCACAAGCAUCAUGCAAGGAAAAAUGCCAGCAGCCCUGCAUCUGCACCUUCUCAUGUGUUUCCUCCACCAUCCUACCAUCAAGGCCCAGUGAUCCCUCAAGCUCCGUCACAAGCUCCGGUGGUACUCACUAAGAGGAGUAGACACAAGCCACAUGGUCCUCCACCCUCUAGUCAAGGUGCUUCCCUCUCCCCUACGGAAACCCCCUCUCCAACAACUGAACCGGAAGCCCCUACACCUUCUCCCUCAGUGACGGCUCCAUCCAGCCAAAUUGAAGUUCCCAUUUAUCCCCCCACAAUUUACUCAUCUGGGUCUUCUCCAAGGAAGCCAAGGAUACCAGCGCGGUCACCUGCUCGAGCAUUACCGCCUCCGCCUCCUAAUCAAGAUUGUUCGGCACUGUCAUGUAGAGAGCCAUUAACAAAUACCCCCCCAGGAUCACCUUGCGGCUGUGUAUUGCCGAUGCAGGUUGGACUGCGUUUGGGUGUGGCACUGCUCACGUUCUUCACUUUGGUUGCUGAGCUGGCCCAAGAAAUUGCAUCUGGAGUUUUCAUGAAACAAAGCCAGGUCCGCAUUAUGGGAGCAAAUACGGCAAUCCAAAAUCCCGGCGAGACUGAUGUCUUCCUUGAUCUUGUACCGUUUGGAGAAAAAUUUGACAACAUUACAACAUUUCUGAUGUAUGAGAAUUUCUGGCAUAAACGGGUGGUCAUAAAGAUUUCCAUCUUCGGUGACUACCAAGUGUUGUAUGUUCGUUAUCCAGGCCUUCCACCCUCACCACCUUUGGCACCCACAGACAUUACGAUCAAUGAUGCUGGGCAACUUCCUAGAGACAAUCACCCAAGGGCAUUGCAUCCUUUUGGGGUUGAUGUGAGGAAACAAAAAGAAAGACUGGAUGGGAGCCUAAUUGCCGUCAUAGUUCUGUCAUCGGCUAUACUUCUUGUUUUCUUUCUUGGAGCCAUGUGGCUUUUGCUGUGGAAACUCAGAAACCAUACUUGUCAGCCAGCACCAACUCUGCAGACUUUAGUACCUCUUGGAAAGCCAUCAGUAGGUGCAGGAUCGAUAAUAUUUGGCAGUGGGCCCAGUUCUCCAUCGCUGUCCUUCGGCUCUAGCAUCGCAACAUAUACAGGAUCUGCUAAAACAUUCAGCUUAGCUGAGAUGGAGAAAGCCACUGAUAAUUUUGAUGCUUCAACAAUACUUGGAGAAGGUGGUUUUGGGCGUGUGUUCAAAGGUGUCCUUGAGGACGGAACAAAGGUGGCUGUGAAAGUUCUCAAGAGAGACGAUCGUCAGGGUACCCGGGAGUUCUUGGCGGAGGUUGAGAUGCUUAGCCGUUUGCAUCACAGGAACUUGGUCAAGUUGAUCGGUAUAUGCACUGAGGAGCAUAGCCGCAGCCUGGUCUAUGAACUCAUUCCAAAUGGCAGUGUGGAAUCUCAUUUGCAUGGAGUGGACAAGGAAACUGCUUCACUUGAUUGGGAUGCGCGAACGAAGAUUGCACUUGGUUCAGCUCGAGGUCUUGCCUAUCUGCAUGAAGAUUCAAGCCCUCGUGUUAUCCAUCGGGAUUUCAAGUCCAGCAACAUCUUAUUGGAAUAUGAUUUUACUCCCAAAGUGUCUGAUUUUGGCUUGGCUAAGACAGCCCUGGAUGAGGAAAGCGAGCAUAUCUCGACCCGCAUAGUGGGAACUUUUGGCUAUGUAGCUCCUGAGUAUGCGAUGACAGGACAUCUGCUCGUCAAGAGUGAUGUUUACAGCUAUGGUGUCGUCCUUCUUGAGCUUUUAACCGGAAAGAAACCCAUAGACAUGACACAACCUCCGGGUCAAGAGAACCUAGUCACUUGGGCCCGUCCGCUUCUCACAAGCAAGGAGGGGUUACAGAUGCUCAUUGAUCCGGCUCUUGGUCCUGAUUUCCCGUUCGACAGUGUUGCCAAAGUAGCUGCCAUUGCUUCGAUGUGCGUUCAGCCGGAAGUCACCCACCGUCCUUUCAUGGGCGAGGUUGUGCAGGCCUUGAAGCUAGUAUGCAAUGAGUGUGAUGAGAAGAGAGGGGGGUCUGGCAGCUGUAGCCAGGACAAUUUAUCCCCUCAGGACACUGAUACGAGGGUCAGCAUUGCUUCCGGUCAGCUGCCAUCAACCCACUCCUUUCUUAUGGCUAAUUACGGAUCGGGCCUUGAAGCCGAGCGUGUGCUAUCAACAUCGGACAUAUUCAGCACGUCAGCGCGGUUCACGAGGCAUGAAUCGGGAUCGUUUAGGAGGCAUUCGAGUUCGGGACCUCUGAGAAUGACUCGGCAUGGGUGGUUUUGGCAAAGGGGCCUGUCUAGUGGCAGUGUGAGCGAGCAUGGUAUUGCAUUUAAGUUAUGGGCCGGAUCAGACGGUGGCAGAAAGUGGCCAUGAUGAAAUGUUCUUUGGUGACUUUGGAUGGAAGAGAAAUUGUAUGAUCUUCUGGUCAAGGAUACACUAUCCUCAUGUAUUUAUUUUGUACUAGUGGGGCCCAUUGUUCAUUGAUCAGACUAUUGGUCAUGCUACCCAAGGCGGAUGGACCAUGCCCCUAAAAUCUCAUAGACUAGAAGAUCCUAGCCAUCAAUCUUGGCCUUCCCUUCAGCUGAGCAUGGGCAACUGCUGUAUUUUUCAUCCAUGUACAGGCCACAAAUUGAGAGGUCAGGAUACUCCUACUGAGGGAAUCGCUGGGGUAUAGUCUAUCCAUGGUGGGCUGCAUUAGAUUGAUGAUGUUGAUUACGGAAUGAUGGGCUUCACUUGCACAAACUGAAAACUUGAGGACACUGCAUAUCCUCCGGUAUGGAUCAUGCAAUUCCCCUUGACGCAAAAUCAUCUGAAGAUUUUUGCAGUCUGUGCGACAAUGAAGAUUGUGUUCAUGAAAGAACACGGUUCAUACGAACUGGUGGUGCCAGCUCUCCUGUUCAUCUAACGUUGGUGAAGUUGUUCUUGGGCCUGAAACAUAAGAUUGGAAAUUGAUCUUGGUUCAAUCCAAUUGUAUGAUUCAUGGGCAGAAUGUUCCUUAUGCAGGGCAUUGGGAACAGCCUCAGUCAUUUUUGGUCUAUUUGGAGACGUUUUAUUUAACGGUUGAUUGGUGGGCCAGGGUGAUUUCAGAUUGUUUUUAAGAUAACAGAGUGAAGUUUGGUGCAUCGGCAAGCUCGGCAAUGGAUUUGGAGGAGGCUGUAUUGGUAAGUUUGUAACUGAAAUUCAAUAGAAACUUACCGUUUGUUUCAAAUGCUUGUGAACUUUUAAUAAAGGGAAAAUCACAUGGCUUCUACUAUUUUU